UCCUCAGAUCUGUCUGCCUAUAAAUAAUCUCUGAUCUGUGAUCAUUAUAAGUACUCUCACUUGUCGUGAUAAGACGGACGAAUAGUGAUCAUAGAGAUGGACAAGAGGCCUGAUACAUUGUCAUCGUCGAAGCAUGAGAUGCCUUUGUUGGCUCUGAAUCAUGUUUCCUAUGUCUGCAAGUCUCUGGCCACGUCGGUUAAGUUCUAUGAGGAUGUUCUGGGAUUUGUGCUUGUCAAGAGACCAUCGUCCUUCGACUUUGAAGGUGCAUGGUUGUUCAACCACGGAAUUGGCAUACAUUUGCUAGAAGUGAAAAGUGCAGAAACAAAUAAAGGGCAGAAAAUUAAUCCGAAAGAUAAUCAUAUUUCGUUUCAGUGCACAAACAUGGACCUUAUAAUUGGACAAUUGGAGGCAAUGAGGAUUGAAUACGUGACUGCAGUGGUGACAGAAGGAGGCGUGGUGGUAGAUCAGCUGUUCUUCCAUGAUCCAGAUGGCUACAUGAUUGAGAUCUGCAAUUGCCAGAACAUUCCUGUUCUUCCUCUCUCGGAUCAUGCAUCCUGCCCUCUUCCAAAGUCCACUACACCUGCUAACAAAACCUUUGCCUCCUCUAGCGGUAAAAUGAGUUCGGAGAGGCAAAUCUGCAGGGAAGUUGAGGCUGUGAUGAUGGAAAAUUUGAUUGUAGGGAUGAUGGAUAUUUACUUCUAAGAGUGUAGCCGAGAACUGGUAUUUUCAGAACAUUUUUUUUUAAUUUGCAGGAAAAUGUCGUAAAAUUGUAUGUUCCAUGUGUACCACCAGAAGAGAAACAAUAUUUCAAAUUGCUCCGGAAAUAACAUCUUAGUAGAGAUGGAGUUGGUUAAUACCCAUGUAUAAACAUCAUACAAUUCAAUGAUGUAGGUCUCUAUCUGUUGAGAAGUAUAAUAUCAUUGAUGGAAUUUCAAUAUUUGGUUUUAGUCCCUUUCUGGUGAUUGUAACAAGUUAAGGAGUUAAGAACAUGGGUGUUGUCCAGGAUGCAGCAACAUUGUGAUCAGUUGAUGCAUAAGGACACCCAUUAAUAUUUUUGAUUAAUUUAUCAAUAUUAGUAUACAAUUACUGAAA